CGUCGCCCACACCCCCGUCCUCAUGAUUCCCCAAUCUCCCCGAGCGUCAGGCCUACAAUGGCUCACAGCGCAAUUCAGCCGACGCCGCUUCCAGCUCUCCCUCGCCGUCGCAACCACCAUCUCCCUCUUCUACUUCCUGCGUCUCAACUUCCUUCCCACCGACUAUGACACGCCCUUUCACAACACCCCGUACGCGCGGUCACUAUCAGCCAGGGACCUCCUCGCCCGCCCCCUCUCCGACGACAUAACCACCAUCCCCAAGAUCAUCCACCAAACGUGGUUUCCCGCCGGCAGCAACAUGAGCGAGAACGCCCAAGCCUGGGUGCAGACCAUGCGCGAGCAGAACCCAGACUGGGAAUACGUCCUUUGGGACGACGAGACAAACCGCAUGCUCGUCGAGCAGUAUUUCCCCUGGUUUCUGACGGAUUACCUUCGUCUCCCGAAGGAGAUCCAUCGCGCGGACGUGGUGCGGAAUCUGUAUAUGUAUCGGUUCGGGGGAAUGUACGCCGACGUUGACACCGAAGCCCUUCGUCCCGUCGAAGGCCUCUUCACCGGCCACGCAACCUCCCUCGACAAACACACGCGCACCCUCUCCGGCUACAGCAAAAACAAAGAUACCACCCAGCGUGGCUUCGUCGGGCACAUGGCACACAAGCCCGGUCUCGACGGCCCCGCCGCCGUCCCCAACGGCUGGAUGGCCUCGCCCCCCGGCCAUCCCUUCUGGCUCCUCCCUGUGAUCCACGUGAUCGAGAACCCUAACGGGAACGGCGACGGGUCGGUGGAGUCGCUUACCGGCCCUGGGGCGCUGGCGGAUAUGUUGCGCAAGUACUACACGGAAUCAUGGGUCUUCUGGUCCAAUCUGACCAUCCUGUUUAAUAAAUGGGUUAUAGAGUCGACGGAAUUCCGAUACCCAAUCAUCCUCACAACAUGGCACCUCAUCUUCGCCACGCUGGCGACCCAACUCCUCGCCCGCACAACCACCAUGCUCGACGGCCGCAAGAAGAUCAAAAUGGACGGCCGCACCUACCUCCGCAUGAUCAUCCCCAUCGGCAUCCUCUACAGUGGGAGUCUCGUCUGCAGUAACAUUGUUUAUCUCUAUCUUAACGUCUCGUUUAUUCAGAUGCUGAAGGCCGGCGGCCCCAUAAUCACCCUCCUAACAACCUGGCUCUGGCGCCUCUCCCACCCCUCCCUGGAAUCCUUCAUCAACAUCCUGAUCAUCGCCCUGGCCGUCUCCCUCGCCGUCGCCGGCGAAGUCCAAUUCUCCUGGCUGGGCGUGCUCUUCCAGCUCUCCGCGCUCUUCUUCGACGCGAACCGUCUCGUCAUGAUCCAGAUUCUGGUCUCCGACGAGGGCCAGAAGAUGGACCCGCUGGUCACGCUGUAUUACUCGGCGCCGGUUUGCGCGUUCACGAAUUUUCUGAUCGCGUGUGCGACUGAGAUGCGCGAGUUUCGGUGGGCGGUUGUGCCGGAGACGGGGUGGGGUGUUCUGAUGGCGAAUGCCGCUGUGGGGUUUAUGUUGAAUGUCUCGAUUUUUGUCUUGAUUGGAAAAACCUCCGGCCUAACAAUGACGCUCGUCAGCGUGCCGAAGAAUAUCCUCCUGAUCGUCUGCUCCGUGCUCAUCUGGGGCACUGUCAUCAGUGGGCUGCAGAUCUUCGGGUAUACGAUUGCUUUGCUCGGGCUGUUGUAUUAUUCCGUCGGAUGGCAGACGAUCAAGUCUCGGUAUGAUGCUGGGUAUACGAGGCUGGUGGGACAUGAUAAGUUGCAGGAUGGGGAGAAUGUUUGAUUUUGGCUGGACGAAUUCAGUAGGCGUUGGGUUGGGGGUGGGUUGGUGUUGUGUUGGAUUUGCGUUGGGAUAUUGGUAUGAAGUGCAUUUUGGAGUUUGGGAUUGGGAUUCGGAUUGGGAUUAGGUUGGGGUUGGGUGUAUGUAAUUUCUAAAAGGGUCUUGGUUUCAUUUACAGGGUGAUGUGAUAAUAUCAUGAUAUGAAAUAUAACGAAGAUCAGUCUUUUGCAG